UUACUUCCGUGACAUAGGACAAUCUAUAAUUGUGUCGUGUCUUACGAUUGUCGUCGAGUCGAUUUUAUUAUUAAUAUCUUUAUUUUUUAUAUUUACCUGUAGAACAAAAUAUUAUAACUUUCGCGUAAAGAUAUCUUUCCAUCGAAUAGAAUUAUCGUAUGAAACAUUUGUAUAUAACUACGAUCAUAAUUUAUAACAUUUUUAUUUCAUCUUGUCACGCCUAGUAAUAAGUAAGUGUAUGUGUACAUAAAACUGAGCUUCUCGCCUAAACGAAACGAUAAGCGAAGGUAUCCUUCGUUCGGCAAUAAUUCCUAAACAAAAAAAAAAAAAAGAAAGAAAUUGUGCAAGAUUCAUAAAUUAAUCUUAUUUCGUGGUCGUUGAUUGUACGUACAAUUCUAUUUCGAUUUGCAGACAUUGGCACACUUGGGAUUUUUCGAUAAGAUAAUGCAAGUAUCAUUGACUCGAGGGUCAUACAUUUAUGGAAAAUCUAUAAUCCCCUUUUUCCGUUGGAAAUAGAAAAAGAUCGAUGAUCCUUUUACGAUCUCAAUUUGAAUUAGAUUCUUAAAACGCGUCAGGAGAAAAAAAAAAGAAAUGGUUGAGAGUAAAAGAAAAAGAUAUUUGUUCUCGUUCAUACUCGAACAACCCUAUUUUUUCCUGUUUGAAGGCUAACCGUUCCUCGGGUUCACCCCAUAGCAACGAUGCAAACCGACGUGCCGUUAAUAAUGAAAAAGGGAAUGAUGGAAGAGUAUAGAAGAGGGAGGGAGAAGAAUAAGUGAAAAAAAGUAUGCAUAAACACGAAAAAUAUGUCAAACAAUACCCCGAAGCAAAGAGAUAACGCAACGAGUCAACUGGUAAAAACAGCACGUAGGUGGGGAACGCAGAAGAGACACACAGACACGAUGCGGAAUAAAUAGUGGUCUGAAAUCGAGCGGAAUUCAGUCGCACUUCUGGUCUACUAUCGUCGUUAACGUUUUUACAUACACGAGAAACUCAGUUACGGGAGGAGCAUUGCAAGGAUCGAUCGAUAACAGUGUGACUCACCCAACGUGGAAUUAAAAUAGAAAAAGAAAAAAAAGACAAAUAUUAACAAAUCAUUUCAUUCCGAAUUAAUAAAAAUUUUCACGAGAGAGAGAGAGGGACUCUUUAGUGAUUGGAUAGUUAUUUGUCAGGACCAACACACGAUUGUCCUUAUUUUAAAUCAUGCUUUUAGUGACCUUUCUUCUUUUUUAUCUUCAUCCCUUAGUGAACGGAGACUCUUGCGGAUCGAAUUGUGAAAGAUCCAAAAGACCGAAAAGGGUCUUCAGCAUUUAUUGGAACGUUCCUACCUUUAUGUGCCACCAAUAUGGCAUGAAUUUCGACGAGGUGACAGAUUUUAAUAUCAAACAUAAUUCUAAGGACAAUUUUCGCGGUGAAACUAUAUCAAUUUAUUACGAUCCUGGAAAAUUUCCAGCAUUGAUGCCACUAAAAAAUGGCAAAUAUGAGGAAAGAAACGGAGGGGUUCCUCAGCGAGGUAACAUCACGAUACAUUUGCAACAAUUUAACGAAGAUUUGGAUAAAAUGACACCGGAUAAAAAUUUCGGUGGUAUCGGUGUAAUCGAUUUCGAAAGAUGGAAACCGAUUUUCCGACAGAAUUGGGGUAACACGGAAAUACAUAAGAAAUAUUCUAUUGAACUCGUUCGGAAAGAACAUCCAAAGUGGAGCGAAUCGAUGAUCGAAGCGGAAGCUACGAAAAAGUUCGAGAAAUAUGCGAGAUAUUUCAUGGAAGAAACUUUGAAAUUGGCAAAAAAGACUAGGAAAAGGGCUAAGUGGGGUUAUUACGGAUUUCCUUACUGCUAUAACGUAACACCGAAUAAUCCUGGCCCGGAUUGCGAUGCUAAAGCGACAAUCGAGAACGAUAGACUGUCGUGGAUGUACAAUAAUCAAGAAAUACUUUUUCCAUCCGUCUACGUGAGACAUGAACAAAAACCGGAGGAAAGGGUUUACCUAGUGCAAGGUAGAAUUAAAGAAGCUGUUAGGAUAUCGAAUAAUUUAGAACAUUCACCUAGUGUGCUUGCUUAUUGGUGGUACGUGUAUCAGGACAAGAUGGACAUUUACCUAAGCGAGACCGACGUGGAAAAGACUUUCCAAGAGAUAGUGACUAAUGGUGGGGAUGGUAUCAUAAUAUGGGGUAGCUCGUCCGAUGUUAACAGCCUAAGUAAAUGUAAGAGAUUGAGAGAGUACCUGUUAAACACUUUAGGACCGUUCGCGGUUAAUGUAACAGAAACUGUCAACGGAAGAUCAUCCCUAAACUUCUAAAAUAAUCGAUAACGCCUAAUCACGUCGAUGAUGAUUAUUAGGGUAUUCUUCGGUGAUUGGUUUGAUCUCACUGAAAAGACUUUUCGUUAAAAAACAAAAAGAUAAAUGUAAUUUAUAAGUUAAAAAAACCUAUACGACCAAAGAAAGAAAGAAAGAAAGAAAGAAAGAAAAUAAUGAAUAAUCUAAUCAGUAAACCUAAGAAUCUACCAAAGAAAUAAUACCAAUUAAUAAUUAAUGUUUGUACUCAAUAUAAUUUCGUUGUAAUUAAAGUUAAAUAGAUCGAAUCGAAUCGCGCCGAAAUU